GGUAUAAAUAAAAAUAGUCUGCGAAAAAGUUUUCAUUAAUUAUAGCUUUUAUGUAAAAAUUUUAAUAAUAAACAGAACAUUAAAUAAUUAAUACAAAUUUAUAUAAUACUGUAAUAGAUUAGUUUGUUUAAACAAUGGUACUGUUUAAUUUAAUUCUAUAUGUGAUUUUACCAGCUAUUUUCGUGAUAUAUUGGAUUUACAGGCAAUACACGAGAAACUUUAACUAUUGGGCUGAACGUGGUAUUAAAGGUCCGCCACCUAUCAUAGGCUUUGGCAAUGUUUUGACCAGAUUUAUAUGGGAAAAGACCGACGUUGAGGUGGCCUGGAUGGCCAAAUACGGCAAACUAUAUGGCUUAUAUGACGGCAAUAUACCGGUGCUAUCGGUGGCCGAACCGAAACUAAUCAAAGAUAUUCUGGUGAAGGACUUUCACGUGUUUGACGACCGGACGGCCAACCGAUUCAGUCAUCCAUUGCUAAGCAAAGACCUAAACGUUGCGGUCGGGGAGGACUGGAAACGGCAGCGAUCGGUCAUUUCGCCCGUAUUCACAACCGGGAAAAUGAAACAAAUGUUCCCAUUGAUCGAGGAAUGUGUGCGGGAACUGUUGGACGCAAUGAAACCCUACGUCAACACCGGUCGAGAGAUCAAUAUGAAGGCACUGUACGGGAACUACACGAUGGAUGUGAUCAGUCGGUGCGCUUUCGGGGCCAAAGUGAACGCUCAGACACAGCCCGACAAUCCGGUGGUCAAAAUGGCUGGAAAACCAUUUAACCCGAAACUGUACCGCUAUCUGGCGCUAAUGGUUUUACCCAAAUGGCUGCUCGAGCUCUUCCGCGCCACACAUAAUGCCGAAGAAGAUUGCGUUAAGUUUUUCGUGGAUCUGAUCCGACAUAUCAUAGCCGAGAGACGCGAGAGUGGAGUCAAAAGUAAUGAUUUGAUUGACUUGUUGUUGACGGCGGCCAACAAUAAGACUGGUGCUGAUGACGAGCACGUUGUUAACGAUGAAUCCCAUUAUAUAAAUCAAGGCGCCGAUGAGUUGAACCGAGAAAGACAACUGUUCUCAUCGGUGGCCACCAAUCGACACAUGUCUGAAGACGAGGUACUGUCCAACUGUUGGCUCUUCUUUGUGGCCGGAUAUGAGAGCACAGCCAACACAUUAUCCUUUGCCACUCACGAGUUGGCACUCAAUCCCGACAAACAGCGCAUACUAUACGAAGAAGUGUGCGCUCGGGUCGGACCGGACGGUCAGUUUAACUACCAAUCGCUGACCACUGAAAUGCCAUAUCUGGACGCCUGUAUCGCCGAAACCUUACGACUACACGCGCCGGCCGUACGGCUGUGGCGAUACGCCAACCGGGACUACGAGCUCGUGGGCACCGGUAUUACCAUUAAGAAAGGCCACAGAAUAGAGAUUCCAAAUCACGCCCUACACCACUGUCCCGAGUACUUCCCGGAGCCCCUGGCCUUCAAACCCGAGCGUUUUAUGCCAGAAAACCGACACAAAAUAGUGCCCUACAGUUACACCCCGUUCGGCGGUGGGCCCCGACAUUGUGUGGGAAUGCGGUUUGCAAUGAUGGAGGCUAAACUGGCCCUGGCCACCAUCAUGCUCAAUUACAAGUUCAUCACAACCCCCAACACCGAUAUACCCGUAGCGAUUUACAGGCACUAUACGAGAAAUUUUAACUAUUGGGCCGAACGUGGUAUUAAAGGUCCGCCACCUAUCAUAGGCUUUGGCAAUGUUUUGACCAGAUUUAUAUGGGAGAAGACCGACGUUGAGGUGGCCUGGAUGGCCAAAUACGGCAAACUAUACGGCAUAUAUGACGGCAAUAUACCGGUGCUAUCGGUGGCCGAACCGCAACUAAUCAAACAAAUUCUAGUGAAUGACUUUCACGUGUUUGACGACCGGACGGCCAACCGAUUUAAGCACUCAUUGCUGAGCAAAGACCUACUAUUCGCGAACGGGGAGGACUGGAAACGGCAGCGAUCGGUCAUUUCGCCCGUAUUCACAACCGGGAAAAUGAAACAAAUGUUGCCAUUAAUCGAGGAAUGUGUGCGGGAACUGUUGGACGCAAUGAAACCCUACGCCAGCGUCGGUCGAGCGGUCAAUAUGAAAACACUGUACGGCUAUUACUCGAUGGAUGUGAUCAGUCGAUGCGCUUUCGGGUUCAAAGUGAACGCUCAGACACUGCCCGACAAUCCGGUGGUCAAAAUGGCCGCAAAACAGUUUCGCCCGAAACGGUACCGCUUUCUGGCGCUAAUGGUUUUACCCAAAUGGCUGCUCGAGCUCUUCAGCGCCAAACAUAGCACCGAAGAGGAAGACAUUCAGUUUUUCAUGGAUCUGAUCCGACAUAUUAUAGCCGAGAGGCGCGAGAGUGGAGUCAAAAGUAAUGAUUUGAUUGACUUGUUGUUGACGGCGGCGAAGAACAAGUCACAGAUUACUGGAUCAAGUGAUGGUGAACCUGAUGUUGACAGUGAGUCACAUCAUAUUAAUCAAGGCGCCGAUGAGUUGAACCGUGAAAGACAACUGUUCUCAUCGGUGGCCACCAAUCGGCACAUGUCUGAAGACGAGGUACUGUCCAACUGUUGGCUCUUCUUUGUGGGCGGAUAUGAGAGCACUACCAAUACCUUAUCCUUUGCCACUCACGAGUUGGCACUCAAUCCCGACAAACAACACAUACUAUACGAAGAAGUGUGCGCUCGGGUCGGACCGAACGGUCAGUUUGACUACCAAUCGCUGACCACUGAAAUGCCAUAUCUGGACGCCUGUAUCGCUGAAACCCUACGACUACACCCGCCGGCCGUACGGCUGUGUCGAUUCGCUAACCGAGACUACGAGCUCGUGGGCACCGGUAUUACCAUUAAGAGAGGCCACAGAAUAGAGAUUCCAGACCACGCCCUACACCUCAGUCCCGAGUACUUCCCGGAGCCGCUGGCCUUCAAACCUGAGCGUUUUAUGCCGGAAAACCGGCACAAAAUAGUGCCCUACAGUUACACCCCGUUCGGCGGUGGGCCCCGACAUUGUGUGGGAAUGCGGUUUGCAAUGAUGGAGACUAAACUGGCCCUGGCCACCAUCAUGCUCAAUUACAAGUUCAUCACAACCCCUAACACCGAUAUACCCGUAGCGCUAGAUUGCAGUUCGUCUUCGGGUAUCGGCGCCGCUAUAGUCAUAAAGUUGUGGUCUUUGGGCGCAAAUGUUGUCAUCACUGGAAGGGAUGACAAACGCAUCCAACAAGUGGUCAACAAAUGCCAGAAUCGGGACAAUCAGAGAGCACUCGGAGUGAGGACUGACUUAUUGGUGGACAAAGACAUCGAGGAAUUGGUGGCGAAGACUAUCAAAGAGUUCGGCAAAAUUGAUAUUCUGGUCAAUAAUGCGGGCAUUUGUACGACCGGUCGCUUUGGAAAACCAGGUUAUUUAGAGUCAUUCGAUAAUACUAUGAAUACAAACGUCCGAAGUAUUCAAGUGUUGACACAAUUAGUGGUUCCAUAUCUGGAGAUAACGAAAGGCAAUAUCGUUAACAUCUCGAGCUUUCAUUCAGAAGUACCCGAUUGGAGAGCUAUGAGCUACUGUAUGGCCAAAAGUGCCCUGGAUAUGUUUACCAAAUGUCUGGCACUACAGUUGGAGCCCAAAGGUAUUCGCGUGAAUAGUGUUAACCCGGCAGUCAUACGGACCGCACUCUUCGACACCGCGACCGGCGAUAAUAAAUUGUUGAAACACUACGAGAGCUACUGUCGAGAGUGGUAUCCAUUGGGACGUAUGGGUGAACCGGAAGACGUGUCCGAAGCCGUGGCGUUCCUGUGCUCUCCGAUCACCGCCUCAUUCAUUACCGGACUUAUAAUGUUUGUCGACGGCGGGGCUCUUCGGGCGUCCCGCUCGUCUUCGGGUAUCGGCGAAGGGAUUGCUAUAAAGUUGUGGUCUUUGGGCGCAAAUGUUGUCAUCACUGGAAGGGAUGACAAACGCAUUCAACAAGUGGUCGACAAAUGCCAGAAUUGGGACAAUCAGAGAGCACUCGGAGUGAAGACUGACUUAUUGGUGGACAAAGACAUCGAAGAAUUGGUGGCGAAGACUAUCACAGAAUUCGGCAAAAUUGAUAUUCUGGUCAAUAACGCCGGAAUCGGCACUUUUGUUCAAUUUUGUGACCAGAAUUAUAUGAAAGCCUUUGAUUUGGUGUUCAAUACAAACGUCCGAAGUAUUCAAGUGUUGACACAAUUAGUGGUUCCAUAUCUGAAGAUAACGAAAGGCAAUAUCAUUAACAUCUCGAGUGUGGCCUCUCUGAAACCGUCAGCCAAGUAUCUUCCUUAUCAUAUGGCCAAAAGUGCCCUGGAUAUGUUUACCAAAUGUCUAGCAUUGGCUUUAGGCCCGGAUGGGAUUCGCGUUAAUUGUGUUAGUCCGGCCGCUAUUCGAACUCCGAUUUUCGAGAUAUUGACCGGUAAUGCGGAUGCGUUGGCCGCCAUUGAAGAGCACUGCCGACAAAACUAUCCGUUGGGUCGCGUCGGAGAGCCCGAAGAGGUGGCCGCAGCGGUUGUCUACUUGUGCUCACCCGCAGCCGCAUUCAUAACGGGUGCCAUUUUGACAGUGGAUGGCGGCUACACUCGGGCAUCGCGCUCGUCUUCGGGUAUCGGCGAAGGGAUUGCCAUAAAGUUGUGGUCUUUGGGCGCAAAUGUUGUCAUCACUGGAAGGGAUGACAAACGCAUUCAACAAGUGGUCGACAAAUGCCACAAACGGGACAAUCAGAGAGCACUUGGAGUGAAGACUGACUUAUUGGUGGACAAAGACAUCGAAGAAUUGGUGGCGAAGACUAUCACAGAAUUCGGCAAAAUUGAUAUUCUGGUCAAUAACGCCGGAGUCGGCACUUGUGCUCAAUUUUGUGACCAGAAUUAUAUGAAAGACUUUGAUUUGGUGUUCAAUACAAACGUCCGAAGUAUUCAAGUGUUGACACAAUUAGUAGUUCCAUAUCUGAAGAUAACAAAAGGCAAUAUCGUUAACAUCUCGAGUAUCGCCGGACUUAAACCGUCAGCCAAGAUACUUCCUUAUCAUAUGGCCAAAAGUGCCCUGGAUAUGUUUACCAAAUGUCUGGCAUUGGCUUUAGGCCCGGAUGGGGUUCGCAUUAAUUGUGUUAGUCCGGCCGCUAUUCGGACCCCGAUUUUUGAGAUAUUUACCGGUAAUGCGGAUGCGUUGGCCGCCAUUGAAGAGCACUGCCGACGAAAUUAUCCGUUGGGUCGCAUCGGAGAGCCCAAAGACGUGGCCUCAGCGGUGGCUUACUUGUGCUCACCCGCGGCCUCAUUCAUAACGGGUGCCAUUUUGCCGGUCGAUGGCGGCUACAUUCGGGCAUCGUGUGAUUUACAAAACACCAAACUGACCAUGGUUUGGGAAAACUUGCAUUACGUACCGCUCGCUGUAUUUGUUUUACUCCCAUCCACUUUCAUCAUCACAUACAUAAUAGCCAUCACAUUAGGUCACGUGGAGGUGGAGUUGCCGUACAUAUCGGACACCGGGACACACGUCCCGGAGUCCAGUAUAUUCGCACAACUAUUGAAUUUUUGCGCUUUUCUCGUUGGCUUAACGAUAUACAUACGAUACAAGCAGAUCGAGCAAUACUACCGGGACAAUCUAUCGGUGGAGAGCACCAAGAUCUUUUGCCGCAACCGAAUCGCCCUGAUCUGCGGCCUCACCUCAUCGAUCGGGCUGUCAAUGGUGGCCAACUUCCGGGAACUGGAACUCUUCAAAAUACAUAUGGUUGGCGCCACUAUGUCCUUCGGGUUCGGCGCCGUCUACUGUUGGCUGCAGACAAUCAUGUCGUUCCGAAUGGUGCCGCUCGUCAACACCCGACUGAUGGCACAGUUCCGCCUGUUUUUGGCCACUUUGAUGUCGUGCACGUUUACCGUGAGCUGUGUGUGCGGCCCGUGGGCUAUGAAGUACUUUCACGGCAAGGAUCCCACCAAUUGGCAGCCCGACGACGGCGCGUUUGGCCUCCAUUUGGCCGCAACCGUAUGCGAGUGGAUCACCGCUUUGGCGCUCGACUUCUUUGUGCUCAGCUAUGUUAGGGAACUACAG